GAACACCAUCUCCGGCCACCAUUUCAUCACCAUCCAAAAUUAACACAAUUAGGGAUUCCUCGACAUGAACACCUUCGUAGGUGAGGCGUACGAUCAGGUUCGUGAAAUGUGCAUAUUCCUCUUAAACGACUUCAAGCUGCCGGCGGACAAAGCCCUAGCCGUUUACAUCCAGUCUCCCGGCUCCGCCUUCCUCUUCUGCGGCGCCGUCACCGUCGUUCGACCCUCGGCGGUGCUCUCCCUCCCCUGGCCGGAGCCCGGUGGCCAGCUCCAGCUCACCACCGACGCCGCCCCACUCUCCGCCAAGAUCGGGGUCUUGGUCGAGGACCUGGCCACGCUGCCGUCUCUGGAUGUCACCGCCGAGAAGCGAAUUGAGCGUUUGGCGAUGAAGGUUGGGGAGAAUCUGUUCAAUUUUAUGCAGUCGUUUUGUGGUGUCGAUGGCUCCAAGCUGGUGGUGCCCAUGGAUAUAUUGGAUCGGUGGUUCAAGAAGUUCCAGGAGAGGGCUAAGCGAGACCCCGAGUACUUGAAGGGCUUCGUUUUGUAAUUCUGUAAGUCUUGCUUGUUCACUUU